UCACGACGGACUUUUACAGCUUCUAGACUGCAGCCCGGUAGGACGAUUCUUCAGUCCAGUCUGCACCUACUAGGUCUAUCCCGAGUGAGAGGAUGGCUGAGCUUAAUCAGAAGUCUAUCUUGGAUAUGAUUAAAGAGUUCAGGAGGAAUUGGCACACUCUUUGUAACUCUGAGAGAACUACUGUAUGUGGUGCAGACUCCAUGCUCCUGGCAUUGCAGCUUUCCAUGGCAGAGAACAACAAACAGCACAGUGGAGAAUUUACAGUUUCCCUCAGCGAUGUCUUAUUGACCUGGAAAUACUUCCUACAUGAGAAGUUGAACUUAUCAGUUGAAAAUAUGGAAGUGAUUGACCAUUAUGAGGACAUUAGGAGGAUUUACGAUGAUUUCUUAAAGAAUAGUAAUAUGUUAGAUCUGAUUGAUGUUUAUAAAAAAUGUGUUUUGAUUUCUAGUUGUGAAAAUAAUGCCAACAUAUCCCCUAGUCAACUACGGGAUUUUCUGUCUGGGAGAGAGUGUGUAGUAGCUGGUGAAACUGAUCUUUAUGUACCGACAUCACCAAUGAGUAAACACAACCAGGAUAAUGAAAAGGUGCAGUUACUAGCAAGAAAAAUUAUCUACUCAUAUUUAAGCCUGCUAGUGAAUUCAAAGAAUGAUCUGGCUCUGGCUCAUGUUCUCAAUAUUCCUGAUAGAGGACUUGGAAGAGAAGCCUUCACUGAUUUGAAACAUGCUGCUCAAGAGAAAAAGAUGUCUAUCUUUUUGGUGGCCACAUCAUUUAUUAGAACACUAGAGCUUGGAGGGAAGGGAUAUGCACCCUCACCAUCUGAUCCUUUAAGGACACAUAUAAAAGGACUGUCUAAUUUUAUUAACUUCGUUGACAAAUUAGAUGAGAUUCUUGGAGAAAUACCAAAUUCAAGCACUGCAGGGAGUCGGAUACUCUCAGUGAUAAAGAUGCAGCUGAUUAAAGGCCAGAACAGCAGGGAUCCUUUUUGUAAAGCAGUAGAGGAAGUCACUCAGGAUUUGGAUUUGAGGAUUAAAAAUAUUAUCAAUUCUCAACAAGGAGAUGUAGCUGUUAGUACCACUGACAUCAGUCCUGCACGGCCAAAAUCUUAUGCCAUAAACCAUGGCACUGCAUACUGUGGCAGAGAUACUGUGAAAACUUUACUAGUUCUUUUGGAUGAAGAAGCAGCCAGUAUGCCUACCAAAAACAAAGCAGAGCUUUUAUAUGACGAUGAAAACACAAUUCAUCAUAAUGGAACUUCUAUUCUUACACUUUUUAGAUCUCCCACACAAGUGAAUAAUUCAUCAGUGAAACCCCUAAGAGAACGCAUCCGUAAGUCAAUGCAAGAGAAAAAAAUUAAGAUGAAACAAACCUUAAUUAGGUCCCAGUUUGCUUGUACUUAUAAAGAUGACUGCACAAUAAGCAAGGAUAAGUGGAAUGAUGUUAAUUCAGCAUCCAAGCCUUUGUAUGUACUUCACGUGGAAAAUGACCUUUCUGAAGGUGUAAAUUCAUCUGUUGGAAGGCCAACAAUUGGAACAAGUUCUGGAAAUGUUCCUCUGGACAGAAGUAAAAGUGAAAAAGUAACAAGAAAAUCAAGUAGUCAGACAGGAAAUAAAAGCUCAAAAAGGAAACAGGUGGAUUUAGAUGAUAAAAAUGAUCUCUGCGAUAAUGGAAAUGAACCAGCUCAACAUAAAAAUGUUAAGAUACCUGAGACAUCAAACAAUUUCCAGAAUAAAUUGUGUGGCAAAGUAGCCAGAGUAGCAAAAAACAAGUGUACAGCCAAGGACAAAUUGAUUACUGGCCAGACAAAGUUAACUCAAUUUUUUAGACUGUGAAUUUGUUUUUUAUGUGCUUUAGAUUUCUG